AUGUCCCUCCCACGUCAUUCUUACGAUCCCAGAAGGGUUUGUCUUUUGCCUCUACCGCCACUACCGAGAUGGGUGCGAAGCAACAAGAGAUCAUUUGGAAUUUAUUUGAGCGGUGCUUUGUUCUCUCUAGGAUGGUGGAUCUUCUUUGAUGCUUUACUCAUUUCUUCCGUUCGAUCAAAAAGACCUGCAGAUGCAGAUGAUCCAACACGUAUUCCACCUUGGAUUGAACCUGCAGUGAAAAUGUCAUUCGCUGAUUGGCUACCCGGGCUAUUGGCAACUUUGGGUAUGAUUGUGGUCAAUUUGAUCGAUAAAUCUAUCCUGGCAGAAGCAGGUGGUCUGGGAGCAAUGGGAAGUUUUGGAGGCGGUGGUGAUCCUAUUCAAUGGCGUGCAAGGCUGUUCUUGUUUGUCGGAUUUGCACUUUUGGCAGGUGGACUGGCAGGAUCGGUCACUGUGUUAACAAUCAAGUACAUCAUUGCUCAGCUGCCCGAAGGAUAUGAGUAUUACGGCUUCGCAAAUGUGGCGCAAAACGCAUUCAUCAUGCUCUCGACUGUGUCUCUAUGGAUCUCACAAAGUACGGAGAGCGAUUACGAAUACAAUCUCACACUUUGA